CUCCUGGGGACACGGGCACACAUGGGGGUGAGGGGUGGACAGGGAUGCCCUGUUCUCGGACCCCGUCUUCUAUGCUCUCCUCAGACCCCUGCUUGUGCACAGCUGGCCCGGAGAGGCGGUUGAGGAAGAGGAAGUAGGGGCAGAGCUGGGUCACGCUGUGGUCACACCACGCUGUGGCAGCCGGUGCUGCCUUGGGCUGCCCAGGAACCCUGGCCAAGGGUCAUGGGGGCCACAGGAGCUGGCGGCCAGGCUGGGCACCCAGGCCACCGCGGGCCUGGCGCCAUGUGGUUCGGAGUCCAAGUCAUGUGCCCAGCCCUUCGAUUCUGGAGUUACAGCCUUGGCCACCAAGAGUAGCUGUGGACCCUGGAGACCUGAGGAUCCAGGUUUCUUCUCCACCAUGCAGGACCAGCAGGAAGAUGAUUUUGCAGAGCAGCUCAGUGAGAGCACGGAGGACCUCAGCCUGGAUUUAGGGGCCCUGCAGGGCAGCGAGUAUCUCCAGGACCUCGGCCUAGCAGCCCCUUCCCCCAGCCCGGCCGGUGGGGCCUCCGGCAGCAGCCCCUUGAAGACAGAAGCUGAGAGGGACUCGCCCUUCUCGAGCUCCGCAGGGGCCCAGACUCUGGUUCGGAGACGCAGCUGGGAGAGGUCACGGAGCUGCUCAGAGGACUGGCAGAGGCUCAGCUUUGACCCCCUGCCUGUGGAGGAGAGCCCCUGCCUCCCCCGGACACUGGCUAGUCUGGCUCUCAACCUGUCCGGGGAAGGGUUGAAGACUUGGACCCAAGGCUGUCUGUCUGGAGGCGGGACUGCAGCCGAGCACCCUGGCAAGGACUGUGCUAGCCUCGAGAAGAGAGCAAGGUCAAGGUCGGUGCCCCUGGCCUUCGAGGAGACCGCCUCCCUGGACCUCACGCUGAGCUCAGAAGCGGCACCUGCACGAGGCCUCAAACCCCAGGAGCUGGAGAGCCUAGAAAAGGACCAUGUGGAGCCCGAGCACGUGCUGAUGGUUCAGCAGGUGCUUCAGGAACUUCGCCAGUACCACGGGGCGCGGCAGAGGGCUCGCCUGGCCGCUAGCCCCGGAGUGCCCCACGCCAGCCUCACGUGGUUCGAGUUCCUGUCGGAGAGCGAGGACGGGGCGGUCAAGAGCGAGAAGAGCGUCAAGAGCACCAGGGUGAAGCGACGUCUGAGCUCCCUCCGCAGCCGGGUCACCAGGCAGAAGGAGAAGGGGAAGAGCGCAGUGCAGCUGAAGGCUCGGGACAGCAGGGAGAGGUGGGAGUGUGUCAGCGGGCACCGGCUGGUGCGGGGGACCUCCACGGGCCACUCCAGCUGCCCGCUGUGUAGCAGGCCGCUCCUGAGCCCCGCCUCGAUGAAGGAGCCCCUGCCUCGGGGCUCCCUCCUGUCUGAUGGCAGCCCGGCCCCGUCCAGGAAUGUCAGCAGCAUGAUGGUCUCUCAGAAAGGGGGUCCCCAGCCAACACCCAGCCCUGCCGGAACCGGAGCCGGGGUGCGACUCGGACCUGUCACAGGAGAGAUGGAUGAAGCCGAUUCUGCAUUUUCAAAAUCCAAGCAGGCGGCUGACGACUCCCUCUCCCUCACACCCUCCAACGCCGAGCCCAUCUUCGUAGAAGAUCCCUACACUGCCUCACUGAGGAGCGAGAUCGAAGCAGAUGCCCACGAGUUCGAGGCCGAGUCCUGGAGCCUGGCCGUGGACCUGGCAUACGCCCGGAAGCAGAAGCGAGAGGUGGUGAAGAGACAGGAUGUGCUCUAUGAGCUGAUGCAGACAGAGGCACACCAUGUGCGCACGCUGAAGAUCAUGCUGAAGGUCUACUCCAGGGCGAUGCAGGAGGAGCUGCAGUUCAGCAGCAAGGCCGUCAGCCGUCUCUUCCCAUGCGUGGACGACCUGCUGGACAUGCAUGGCCACUUCCUGGCCCGUCUCAAGGAGCGCCGCCAGGAGGGGCUGGAGGAGGGCAGCGAGCAGAACUACGUCAUCCAGAAGAUCGGGGACCUGCUGGUCCAGCAGUUUUCAGGUGAAAACGGGGAGAGGAUGAAAGAGAAAUACGGUGUGUUUUGUAGUGGCCAUAACGAGGCAGUCAGUCAUUACAAGUUACUGCUGCAGCAAAACAAGAAAUUUCACAACUUGAUCAAGAAAAUCGGCAACUUUUCCAUCGUGAGGCGGCUGGGCGUGCAGGAGUGCAUUCUCCUCAUCACUCAGCGCAUAACCAAGUACCCCGUGCUGGUGGAGCGCAUCAUCCAGAACACGGCAGCUGGCACUGAGGACUACGAAGAUCUGACCCAGGCCCUGAACCUCAUCCGAGACAUCAUCUCACAAGUGGAUGCCAAGGUCAGCGAGUGGGAGAAGGGCCAGCGCCUCAGGGAGAUCGCAGGCAAAAUGGACCUGAAGUCCUCCAGCAAACUCAAAAAUGGGCUCACUUUCCGCAAGGAGGACAUGCUCCAGCGGCAGCUCCACCUGGAGGGCACACUGUGCUGGAAGACCACAUCAGGGCGCUUGAAAGAUGUCCUCGCCGUCCUGUUGACUGAUGUGCUGCUGCUGCUGCAGGAAAAGGAUCAGAAAUACGUCUUCGCUUCCGUGCAGGACUCAAAGCCGCCCGUCAUCUCCCUGCAAAAGCUCAUUGUGCGUGAAGUGGCCAACGAGGAGAAGGCCAUGUUUCUGAUCAGCGCCUCCCUGCAAGGGCCCGAGAUGUACGAGAUCUACACGAGCUCUAAGGAGGACAGGAACGCCUGGAUGGCCCACAUCCGCCGCGCUGUGGAGAGCUGUCCCGAUGAGGAAGAGGGGCCCUUCAGCCAGACCGAGGAGGAGAGGAAGAUGGUCGAAGCCCGAGCCAUGAAACUCAAGGACUUCCAUGUGCGCCUGAGCCUGAAGGACCAGCUGAUCGCGCAGAGCCUCCUGGAGAAGCAGCAGAUCUACCUGGAGAUGGCCCAGAUGAGUGGGCUGGACGACCCUGGGCCAGCGCGAGGCCUGUUCCGAGGAGGCGACCCCUUGGAAAUCCUGCAGGGGGAGCAGAUCCUCAGGGCCGCCAUGAACGAGAUUGAGGGCAUCCACAGCCUGAUCUGCAGGCGGCUGGGCAGCACCAACUGCCAGGAGGAAGAAGGAGGUAGCUCCAUGGGCCUGCCUCGGAGGGCUGAGACCUUCGGGGGCUACGACAGCACGGGCAGCCCCGGCAGGAACGGCAGCUUUAAGAAGGUCUACAGCAACGACCCCAGGCCCCGGGACUGGCAGGGCCCUGCCAGCAGCAGCCUCGACUCGAAGCUCAGGGACGGCGACAUCCCGGGUGGCGGCGAGGAAUCCCCACAGGCGGUGGAGGCGCCAGGGACAGAUGCUGGCCCUCGACUGCCCACCAUCUUGGAGUCGGAGCUUCUCCAGCGGAUUCAGACCCUGGCUCAGCUGCUGCUCAGCCUCCAGGCGGCCAUCGCCCAGCAGGACAGCCUUGUGGAAAUGCAGCGGGCUGCCAUCCAGGAGCGCGAGAAGCAGUUCCGGUUGCAGUCGACACGCGGGAACCUGCUGCUGGAGCAGGAGCGGCAACGCAACUUCGAGAAGCAGCGCGAGGAGCGGGCGGGUGUGGAGAAGCUGCAGAGCCAGCUGCGGCAGGAGCAGCAGCGCUGGGAGCGCGAGUGUGCGCGGCAGCGACUGGAGCUGGAGCUCGCGGGCGCGCGGCUGCAGGAGCGCGAGGGCGAGGCACGGCAGCUGCGCGAGCGGCUGGAGCAGGAGCGCGCGGAGCUGGAGUGCCAGCGCCAGGCCUACCAGCACGACCUGGAGCGGCUGCGCGAGGCCCAGCGUGCCGUGGAGCGCGAGCGUGAGCGCCUGGAGCUGCUGCGCAGGCUCAAGAAGCAGAACACGGUCUCCGGGGCACUGCCGCCCGAGUCGCUGGCGGAGGCCCAGCCUCCGAGUCACCCUCCCAGCUUUAACGGGGAAGGGGUCGAGGGGCCCUUGGCAAUGGCCAAAGCCCAGGGCACCCGGAUGUCUGGUGCGGGGCUGGAGUUCGUGGAGCAGCCCGAGGUGGUCCGAUGGGACAGCGCCCCUGCCGAGAGCCGGCCUGCCAAGAGCGAAGUGCCCAUCCAGCUGCUCAGCGCCACCAACCAGAUCCAGAGGCAGGCGGCUGUGCAGCAGCAGAUCCCCACCAAGCUGGCCGCCUCCACCAAGGGCGGCAAGGACAAGGGCGGCAAGAGUCGGGCCUCCCAGCGCUGGGAGAGCUCAGGAUCCUUCGACCUGAAGCAGCAGCUGCUGCUUAACAAGUUCAUGGGCAAGGACGACUCCGCCUCCAAGAACCGCCGGUCGGCAAGCCCCGUCCUGCCCGGCAGCCACAGCUCGGCGCCCGCCCCAGACCCCUGCUUCCUAGCGCCCAGCCCGGCGCCGGCGGAUGGACCCCCCGAGGCCUUCUCCUUCAAGCCCGGGGCCGCCGCCUCCCCGCGUGUGCCCCCGUCGCCCUCACCACUGCCUGCCACGCCGCUCGGCCCCAGGGAGGAAGCCGGCAAGGAAGACGUCAUCUUCUUCUGAGGGGUGGUGGCUCCAGGUGCAGGCCCCUCCUGGGCUGCCCACCCCUGUGUCUCUGGGCACCCGCUAGGGCUGACCUCGCCAGCCCAGCAGGCCCUUCCCCUGCCCAAGCACACACCCGGCAGCCACCUGGUUGGGCCAGGCUGUUGGUGCCUUGGGUCCUGUGGCUCUUUCUGUAGGAUUAGCGGUGCCACCUGGGCAAUUCCCUCCACCUUCUUCUGUAUAAGGAAGUUUUCAUGGAAGGUUAACCCCAGCUAAAUCAAGGAGCUAUUUUAAACAAUAGGGUAGGGGAGAGAUGGCUCCCAGCUGCUUUUCCCAGGCAGCAAGGAGCAUGGGGUCCCCAUGGGGCUGGGGGACAGGCAAGACCUCAGUCAGGGGACCUGCUGGCCCCAGCUGGGCUGCGCGGCCCCUGGGAGACCCCCACUGGUCAUGGAGAAGCUGGCCAGAGGGGCUAACUGGGGCCCUGGGUUAGAGGCCACUGGGCGGGGACAGGGUGGCCCUCGGUGCCCAGGCAGGCACUGUGGCCGUCGCCCAGCGGAGGGCUGAAUGCUGUGUGGCCCAUCUAGGUCGGAAGCCCCGGGGCCUCGGGCUUUAGCCAGAGUAGCCUGCACCCCAGGCAGGGGUCUUCAGUCCUCCGGGAUGCUAGGAGGAGGCCCCUGGGACACGAGGAGGAAGCACCUGGAGUCCCUGCCAGCCAGAGGACAGGUGGCCAUCGUGAGCUGUAGCUCAGAGGUGUUGGGCAGGGCAGGGCGGUCAGAUCCGCAUUCAGGUCCGCAUGCUGGCUGCCCGGGGUGGGGUGGGGGGCACAUUUCAGCCUCACCCCCACCCAGGCUCCCUGGGUCCUCCUGAGGCCAGGGCAGCAGGACCAGACCCUGGGCUGGCCAUUCUUGCUCCCAGAGGGGUGGCACUGGGCCCCAGCCAGGGGCAAGUCAUUCUCCCAAACCCAGCAGGGGCUUGGCAACAGGCAGGCAGCCCCUGUAGGUGGAGUCUGCACGCCACAGGCCCAGGAGGGGACCAGAGGGCAGGGCGCUAACACCGGGCGAGGCAGCCCAGUGAGCGGCAUGGCGUCCCCGCCCGUCAUUGCCCCUGGGCUCCUGGUCCCUCUGAGAACCUCGACGUCUCCACCCUGGUCCUUUCCACCAGCAGCACACUCUGCCCUGUCCUGAGCAUCCCCAGCAGCCAGCAGGUCUCGUGUGUGCCAUGUCCUAAUCAGUGUUCAGUCUGUUUUUGUACUGAGAUGUCCCGAGCACUUUAGAAAAGCUGGCUUUGAGCUCUGCUGUUGUGAAGAGGAAGUUCUCGGAGGCCCCCAGCCUCAGUGCCCUGCUCCACGUGGCAGGAAUCAGAGCUUAAGGGCAGUGGGGGCUCCCCGGUCACUCCCAGGAGAGCCUGACUGUGUCUGCAGAGUUUGGCGGUGGCGGUGGUGGGGCUCUGUGCCUGAGGGCUCUGUGGGUGUCCCCAUUGUCUGCUGGGUCCAUGAUCUUAGCGCCUGGCAGUUAUUUCUCCAGUGAUUCCAUUUCCUCACCGCGGGAUAUUUCGGGAACACCCAGAACUUCAGACCGGGUCCUAGCAAUAAAAGUGUCUAAGAUGA